UCUAGUAUGAACCUGGCUCUGCUCAUAAAGUACAGCUAAGCCUUUAAACACAGGGAAAGCUUUCCGCAGCUAAUAAAAGUAGUGCACAGAUCCCCCAGCCUUACAAUGGACUUUCUACAGUAAUCUUUAAUGUUAUGACAAUUCUUGCCAACCCUCAAGAAGAGGAAUCUGAAGCUUCUUUUUCCUUGCUCCGUCUAACAUCUCACUUUCCUUGCAUCGAUUUUGCUGCUCCUCGUGAUUUACUGUACUUCAUGCAAUAGACAGGCAGCUGGAAGUCUCUCCACACAAGCUUUUGGGAAUCUUGUCCGGUUUAGCAUGCUACAACCUCUGAUUCAUUUCCAGAGCGCAGAGUUGGAUUACCAAUUCCUUUGUAAAUGUGUAUGGUGAUAUUCGCUCCGCUUUUUGCAAUCUUUGCAUUUGCAACAUGUGGGGGCUACUCUGGAGAACUGAGAGUCAGUGUGGAUUGCGCCAACAGAACACUGAGCAACCUCCGCCUUGACAUUGCCAUUGCUUACCCAUUCAGGUUGCAUCAGGUGAAUUUUGAUGCCCCCACAUGUGAAGGGAAGAAAAAGGAAAAUCUCUCGCUGAUAGGAGAUUUCUCUUCUUCAGCUGAAUUCUUUGUCACAAUUGCCGUCUUCGCUUUCCUCUACUCUCUGGCAGCCACAGUUGUCUACAUCUUCUUCCAGAAUAAGUAUCGGGAAAACAACAGGGGGCCCCUAAUUGAUUUCAUUGUUACUGUGGUGUUCUCAUUCAUGUGGCUGGUCAGCUCAUCUGCCUGGGCUAAAGGACUCUCAGAUGUUAAGGUGGCGACAGACCCCGAUGAGGUUCUGUUACUGAUAUCUGCUUGUAAACAGCCUUCCAACAAGUGUAUGGCGCUGCGCAGUCCUGUCAUGUCAAGUCUGAAUACAUCAGUGGUUUUCGGAUUUCUAAAUUUUAUUCUGUGGGCUGGAAAUAUCUGGUUCGUCUUCAAAGAGACAGGCUGGCAUGCUUCAGGAGGACAAAGGUAUCCUCAAGAGGCAAUAGAAAAACAGUCUGGUAGUCAAUCAUUAAACCAAGGUGGAUAUAACCAAGAUACCUAUGGACCAACUCCACCAUACAACCAACAACAAGCAGGAUUUGGACAACAACCUAACUUCGGACAACCAGUUGGACUUGGCCAGCAAAACUAUAACCAGGCUCGAUUCAAUCAAACAGGCCCAACGUCUUUUGCCAAUCAGAUUUAAUAGAAAUAGAGAAAAACAUGUUCCACCCCAAUGAUCACAGACAGCUUGAGAAGAUAUCCUUUCAGUAGGAAUGAUACAAGAGAGAAACUGGAGUUGAAGCAAAUGCAGAUGGUGGAUCGUGCUAUUCUGAUACAUUUAGGAACUGGUGAAAAUCUCUGGUGUAUAAAAUUACUGUGUUUGUGUGUAUAUCUGUAAGCAAAUUUUGUAAACCUAGAUGUUUUAUUAUGUGGCAAAAAUUACAAAUUUCACUGUGCAAAGAACAGUAUUGUUCAACCCAAAUCCUGCAUGCUACAUCUUUCUUGACAGAUGUGCGUUUGCUGUAAAUUUUCCGUUUCCUGCAUAGUUUUGGGCAUGAUCCUAUGGUUUGAACACAUUCUUGCAAUAUAACUUAGAGUGACAUGAGGUAUAUAUGCUGUACUGUAGCCAUGUGUUAUGGUAACUGUGCAAAAAAAGCCUUUGUUGUAUUUGGGUCCCAUUAUCAUACAAGGCUUCAAAUGUGUCCCAACGAACCUAUUGUCUCUAAGAACAAUGAUCUUGAGAUCUAUACAUAAAAAGGACUACAUCUUUCGAUCACGGUAAACACCAACUAAGUGUAUGCAUGUGAGGCCCAUAAUAAUGAUCUCAACAUUGCCAUAAGAUAUUUUUUUGUCUUCUUCAUAUGAUAUGUUAGGGAAAAAAGUGACGUCUUGUACUGUUACCAAUAUACCAGUAGCUUGAACAGACAUCUUUCACAGAGCAUAUAGUAGUUGUGACCUUCUUAGUGUGUGUGAGCAUGAGGUGAGGACCAAAUUACUGUGGUAAAUGUUUACAAUCUAAGGUAUAGUUCACUCUACAGGGAAUCUACUUAUAUACAUAGGUUGUGCUAGCUCAGUGAAUCUGUCAUGUACAUACUGUGGAGUCAUAGAUUGUGUAGACUAAAGCAAUAGCUUGAAAUGAAAGACACCUAAUGUUCAUAUUAGAAAUCUGAGGUUCCAUGAAUAUAAUGGCAGGAAGGACCUUAGUGAGGUUACCACUUCCUAAUAAAUAAAUGUCCACCGAUAUUAUGGUUGAAGCAAACACAGAUAAAUAGCUUGGUGCUAGGUAGCAUGCCAACAAGCUACUUCCUUGACCAGAGCACAACUUUGGUGAGAGGAAGAAAAAGCCUAGCAAUGAUUUAAGCCACUUAUCUUGCAAAAAUAGCAAUAUUCUCUUUGUACAUGACUGCUGAUAGGCCAUCACAACAAUGCUCACUUGUUCUUGGGUAGUAAGGGCACUUGUACUGUAUCUAGCAGCAUGUCAACUUCAAUAAUAGACACAAGGAUUGCAGGGUUGUACGAGUCUCUGUGAAUGUCUUGGCACCUGACGAAGGGUUGAUAUUAUGAAAUGCGUUGGGAUCUAGGUCUUUUACUCCUUGAUGUAGUUCCCUUUUCACCAUUAUGAGUCUAUAUCACUUUGCCAGAUCUCUCUCCACAAAGCAAAUUGAGCAUUAGAAAGAAGCAAAAUUGCAUGAACAAUUUAUAUAACAUGACAGUAAAUAGUGUUGUAUCCUUCCUAGCACACUACCAUAUUUUUAUGCACUCAACCAACACUUUUAUGUCCUACUACCCUGUUAUGUACUACGCCCUUUGGACCUUGAAUAUAUUUCACCUUUGAUCACUGAUUAGUAUGCUGAAUAAACCUUGUGUGUAUGUUUUACUGUAAUUGAUACAAUAUAUUGCUCCUGCUGAAUCUCAGAAUUGGAUGUUGAUGUGUCUGAUUAACAAUACCAUUUUUAAUAUUGUCUAUUGCUAAAUGAUCGCCAGUUGUAGAUGGCCUGUAUAUCAGGUUUUUGUUAUUUUCUAAUACAUUUACCUAUAUUCAUGAAUUUUAGGCGAUAAGGACAGAUUGAAAGAAAUAGUUUUUAACAUUUACCAAGAGUCACUAGUCACUGUAAUCUACUACCUAGUGCAUUGAUUUAUUGUACUUUUGGCUGUACUCUUGGCAGACUACAAGCACAAAUGAUAUAGUUAGUUAUUACUAUACACAUAUUAUGUAAACAAUGUAUGGAUCUAAGUGGACAAUCUUUAUUGUAAUUGCAUUUUGGCUCAAAUAAAGUUGUUGCAUAAAA